AUGAUUAAAGGUCAUGGUCCUCAGACACAGAAAAUUAGAUCCGAACGCUCAGUGAAAGCACACCCUACAAGAAAAUGUCAUUUCAAUUUUGACUUACAAUGGAUUUUGAAAACAACCGAAGAGAAGGAAGAGACACGUACCGUAUGUCCUUACCCAUUCCUUCGGCCUCUUCUUCGUUGGCCAGGCAUUUCCCAGACGUGGGAAGAGUUCAACAGAAGAAAAUUGAUUAAUUCCACUUACCGACUCCCUGAUUAUGUUCAACAUAAUCGAUUAGCUUUCCAAUUUCUAUUAAGCGAGACAUCUUCUCCUUCAGAUAUUGAAGAAUUUUUCCGAAACUAUGAUUAUCCUGACCCUGAGGAUGCUCUCAUGCAAUAUUUUGGGUAUUAUGAACUGGUACAAACCACCCGUUUUGGUAUUUCACUUCUCAAUAACGAACAGUUACUUACGAUGAUCGCUCAUCGUUUGACAUUUGAAGAAGUUGACGAAGCCUUAGCACUAGCAGAAGGUACUAGUUACCGUGCUAAAGCUGAACACGUAGCUUACCAAUUAGCAACCAGUCGCGCGCCUGUAACUCAAUAUCAAUCCUCACCUUCUAUCACGGAGGUAUUGAUAGCAUUCAUGUCAGCCAAACCUAAACGUGAGGUUGCUAGAAGCGUUCACGAAGUACAGCCGUUACUUCGUCAGUUCAAUCGGUUGAGACAACAAUUGAAAGACAUUGUGCGUCAACCCGUGUCGGAGAUAGAUACAAAGAUAAAUACAGAAUUUUUGAAAUUGCCUACUCCUAAACAACAUAUUGCUAAAGACUUCCAUAAAUUACACAAUUAUUUCAACACAAACUAUCUUAUGGCAUAUGAUUUUCCUCUGACCACACUUGUUCCCAGUCCGUUUGAACAAAACAGGACUCUUGUGUAUUGGCCUUUCUAUUUAGCACAUCGUGACUACACACCCUUAGAGACGUCGUUCAAAAAGGCAGGAGUUAAAGGUAUUGACAUGCCUUCUACUCACGUACCCUUGAGCUCUUUUCUCAUAGGUUCUGAUUGGUUAUUGAAAUCGUUUGAUCCAUUAGAUCAACGACCUUACAAACCAAAGCCUUUGAACACCACGGUUAUUAGUGAAGUAAAGCCUAUCCAAAAUUUAAGUAUGAAAUCCACUAUCAGUUUUCACGAGGUUGACGUGAAAGCCAAAGCUCACUAUAUGGCAACAUUAAUAACUGAUGAACAAACGUAUCAACACAAUAUUACACGUAAUAUUGGUCAAGACCACCUCCAAUAUGCCACAAAAAUUGUCCAAGAGGACCUUAAAAAGCAUUUCGCUAGUUCUUUUGAAACCAUUUGCGCAAUCCAAAAUAAAUACCUCGAAUUAUGGCGUUCCAUCCUAACCAUUGAGCCUACAGUAGCUAUGCGCACUAUGCUCGCAAGAGAAGACAUAGCCGCUCGAUUCGUAGGUGAACAUGUUGUACAUGUUCAUUCGUGUGAGAAGAUAGAACCUAAAGUGAUUUUCCGUAAUCACACCGUCAAUUACACUUGUUAUCUUGAAACACCCAUAUUAACUUUUGACAACCAACUUCUUUUUGCUUCUCCUGGUUCCACAGACCUUCUUCCAGCAGGAACAGAGAUUCCAUGUGAUCAAGUUCCUACAGACGUCUGGCAAGACCAAGGCGUGUGGAAAGGUAUCAAUGGUACCUUAGAAGUUAAUCCCAUGUCCAUAAUUGAAGCUUCUCACCAUUCUAAAGUAACUCCAUUAAAAUUCACUGGUAUAAAUCUUUACACUAACCUGACUUCACGCACUUCCUCCCUCACAGCUGCCAUCGCAUAUGGUAUAAGUCUUGCCAGCAUAAGGCAAAACCACGCCCUUCAAGUUAUCCAUAAUAACCCCACAGUGUCGGCAAUGGUCAGCACUUUAAAGAAAGGAAGUAAUUAUGUGCAACAAGCACAAGAUUAUGUUGAAUCCACUUGGGAUCUGAUUGUGGACUUCACAAUCGGUUCCAUUGAGAAAAUGUUGAUAACGCUAGGAAUCAUAGCGUUUCUACUGAUCGCGCUAAUUGUUGCUUAUUUUGGAUUUAAAAUUUAUACCAAUGGGUUACCACUCCCUAUCAUGCACGUUAAUGUCCACAACGACAACCCACCCACUCUGGUUGACCCAGAUCAAAAUAUGAUAGCAUCAGUGAUUAACGAGACAGAAGCUGCAAUCGAAAAUCAAAGAAACCAUAGGCAGGUCCCUGCGUCAGCACCACCAGCUGAACUUGUUGACAUUCUUGCGCGACAUGAUCAACCUAUUCCUAAUCAUGUCAUGCGUGCUUAUUAUCCUACCAUCAUCUCAUUCAUACCUUUAGCAUUACCUUUCGUAUGCUCUGUCAGCGUUAACAGUUUACACAACUCAGAUCUUCCUCUUAUUUACCUUACAGUAGACAAUAAACUCAUUCUUACUCUAUGGGACUCAGGUUCCUCUGUUUCUUAUAUCAGAGAAUCCACUUUAGCUUAUCUUGGUAUUACGUCUUAUAAGAGUAAACAACAGACAGCUAUCACUGCUAAUGGUUCCACGUUUCAAUUACUUGGUACCAUACAUC